ACAUCACGUCACAUAUCUUUAGGAACCUUUGCUGUGAUCAGUCUAAUGGUCGGGAGUGUAGUGGACAAAGAGGUCAUCAAUGAUUUCAACGUGAAUAACCCUCCACCCACUACCGCACCGGCCCCUACCAUGGACCCCUUGGCCACAACAGUGUCAUUUAGUUAUGGUAACAUUACUGCCAUGAUGAAUGGGACCCAGGGUCCUUCAGAUGGGAUGCAGGAGUACAACAAACGCUUGGUAGAGUACCAAAUAGCUACAGCGUGUUCUGUGACUCUGCUAGUCGCCUUUAUGCAGCUUGGUAUGGGCAUCUUACGCCUUGGGUUCCUCACUAUCUACCUGUCUGACCCUCUCAUCAGUGGCUUUACCACAGGGGCAGCCUUCCACGUCCUCACCAGUCAGGUGAAACAUAUGUUUGGACUCAACCCUGGACGAUAUUAUGGAGCUUUUAAACUCAUUAGAACUUGGAUAGAUUUAUUCACACAGAUUCCCCAGACAAACUUUGGUGCAUUGAUUACAACUGUGGUCUGUGUAAUAGGGCUGGUUCUCGUCAAAGAAUGCAUCAAUGCACGCUUCAAAGACAAACUGAAGAUGCCAGUGCCAAUAGAGCUGAUAGUGGUCAUUGUCGGAACUGCAGUUUCUCACUUUGCAAAGUUCAACGAGAGAUUUGAUAUGAAAAUUGUUGGCAGCAUUCCAACUGGGAUUCCACCACCCAAGGCACCACCAAUGAACAGGAUGGGAGAGUUUGUUGGCGAUGCAUUUGCCACGGCAAUAGUAGCUUUUGCCAUCACAAUCUCAAUGGCAAAGAUCUUUGCAAAGAAACAUGACUAUGAAGUGGACUCAAAUCAGGAACUUAUUGCUGGUGGAAUAGUGAAUGGUGUGAGUUCAUUCUUCAGCUGCUAUGUCACUGCUGCGUCUCUGUCAAGGAGUCUUAUACAAGAUACAGUUGGAGGUGUAACUCAGGUGGUAGGUCUUGUAUCGUGUGUGCUGAUACUGGUGGUCCUGCUAGCACUAGGACCACUUUUUGAGUCCCUGCCAAAUUGUGUUCUAGCUGCUAUUAUCCUGGUGGCUUUGAAAGGCAUGUUCAAACAGUUCACAGAGCUACAUAGACUCUGGAAUGUAUGCAAAGUCGACUUUAUGGUGUGGUUGGUGACUUGGGCGUGUACUGUGUUCUUAGAUGUUGACCUUGGUCUCAUUAUUGGGGUGGGAUUUUCCCUGCUUACUGUAGUAUUCAGGACUCAAAGGCCUCACACUUGUAUUCUGGGCCGUGUUGCACAUACAGAUCUCUACAGAGAUGUGCAGAUGUAUAAUGGGCUGAAAGAGAUUCCUGGUGUGAAGAUCUUCAGAUUUGAGGCAUCACUGUACUAUGCAUCAAGGGAACACUUCAAGGACAAGUUAUAUGAACAAACCAUGUGUAAUCCUCGCAAGAUAAAGCAGCAGAGAGUCAAAAUACAAAGAAAAAUUGAUAAUGCAAUUAAAGAUGAAAAGAACAAAUUCAAAAAAUCUCAAAAGACAAAAGAGAGCACAGAAUUAACUGAGUUUAAUCGGGAAGACUUUGAAAUAAGGAUUAAAGGGGAAUACCCGAUGCCUUCAUUUGAAAUUCACCACAUUAUAAUAGACUGCUCCACCAUGGGUUAUAUAGAUAGUGUUGGGGUGACGGCUCUUACACAGACCAUAAAUGAAUAUAAGGAGGCGGAUGUAACAAUCUUCCUAGCCCACUGUAAAGGUAAUGUGAGGGAGAUGUUACAUAGAGCUGGGUUCUUUGAUCGCCAUGAUAGAGGUAUGAUCUUUCCCACUACCCAUGAUGCAGUGCUGCAUGCCCUCGACAACUACCAGGAUGUAAAAGCAGAUAGUAACGGAGGUGUAUCUCUUAGAGAAAAAUUAGAACGAGACUGUGUGUUUUUGGGUAGUGCCAUAUCGUAUACAGGAAGUGGAAAUUUAUAUGACGACGAAGAGAUCCAGGGGGCCAAUAACAUUCCAGAAAUAACUAUAGAGGAUGCAAAUGAGGAUACAAAAUCAAAGAAAAAUGGUGGUCUAACAGAACCUUUAAUGGAUAGUGGUGCAAAGAAGCUUUGACCUACACAUAAACAUGUGUAGUCUUGUAUAUAUUAUAUAUAGGUUAUAUCUGGGGGAUAUUCCAAGGUCAAUGAGUACAAUGCCAGAAUGAAUGGGAUUCAUGAUGUUAAGGUCAACCCAGAGGUCAAGGUCACCCCAGAUGUCAUGGAUGAGACUCCAAAACUCAAUGGAGGUCCGGGGUCUGUGGAGCAUGUCUACAACAUUGUGAAUGAAGAUGAAGAACUUAGACAAAGGAAUAAUAAAACAGAUAGUCAGACUCGGCUAUAAAUGCAAACCUUCUAGUCUUCACAUCCCUAGUGAUAUGCUUUGACCAAACCAUGAUACCAUACUCUCUCAUCAGUAUAUCCUGUUCUUGGGCAUAGAGAACCAAUGAAUUGUUUAUAAAGUUGAAUCAAAAUUAAGCCUGUGAAAUCAAUCAGUAUUAUAUAUUAACAAGUAUAUCGAUAGGUGGCAUCUACAAUACAAUAAGAACAAAAAAAGUAUUAGAGCAUAAUAAUUUAUUUAUUUACAGUUUUGAAGUAAAUAUUUUACAUAAUAACAAGGUAGAAUACGGCAUAAUGUUAAUGGGCCAUUGGUUGAGUAACCAUGGUAUUUAGAUGAAGAAGAGGAUCAGAUGUGUUAAAAGGAAAGUACUCCAAGGUACUGCAACUUACAAAAAGAUAAUUUCUUGGUGUUAAGGCUUCCAAUUUACAAAAUUUUAUGUGGAAUGUUUGUUAAAAAUUGUGAUAAAAAACCAAAAAAAAAAUGAUUGGUCCUCUCUGUCUCAUUUGAACUCUAUUAUUAUGAAAUAUCAAAGGCAGUACUUUGUUCCCAUGAAUCCUGAAUGUGUUGGUCACAUGACUUAUAUGGAGGAUCAUGGGAAUGAGAUGCCUCUUGCUGAUACAAUCAUUAUAUCAACUGGCUGUGAAAGACACUUUAUAGUGUGUCAUUUUAAUAAUGUGUCAAUUUCAUAAAAUGUAAGUGAAUUAAUAUACAUGUAUAUCAUGCCAUAAAAUGUAAGAAAUUAUAUUCAAUAGACAUCAUCAUCCUUGGUCC